AUGAGUGAGGCAGUAAAUGGGCUGUUGGGAUUAGUGAGACGGGAGUUGGCAGCAUUGAGGGGGGAGCUGGUAGUGGUCAGGGUGGAGGUGGCUCGACAGAAGGAGCGAGUGUUGAUGAUGGAUGAGAGGAACCGGGAUUUGGAAAAUGAGUUGAGGCGUGCUCUGAGUGUUGUGGAAGAGAAGAGUUUGGCGACUGCUGCUGUGAUGGAGGAGAAGGGGAGAGAGGUGGCGGCAGUGAAAGGGGAUCUGAUUCGCAUCAAUGCAGAGAUGGCAGUAGUGAAUGGGAAUCUGACUGCAGUGACGGGUAAGGUGACUGCAAUGAAAGGGGAGGUGAAUGCACUCAAGUGGGAGGUAAAUGCAGUGAAGGGGGAGGUGAAUGCAGUGAAGGGGGAGGUGAAUGCAGUAAAUGGGGAGGUGAAUACAGUGAAAGGGGAGUUGAUUGCAGUGAAAGGAAAGGUGGGUGCAAUGAAGGGGGACGUCAAUGCAGUGAGGGGGGGGGUGAAUGCAGUGAAGCGAGGGGUGAGUGUAGUGACGGGGGAGGUGAAUGCAGUGAAGGCGGAGGUAGCUGAGCACAAGCAGUCAACUACAUUACAGCUGGAGGAGGCUGAGAGAAGGCGAGUGGCGGAGAUGAGGGAGAUGCGAGGGCAGGUGAAGGAGAGGGAGUGGAAGCUGGCAGCAGUGAAGAAAGAGUUGGAUGCACACAAGAAUGCCCGCAUGAAGGUGGACGUUGACUUGCAAAUCAGACAGAGUGAAGGCGAUCAGAAGACGGCAUGGGAGCAACUCAAGUUACAAUCACGAGAAACUGAUCUGCUCGGCCUCUCAGACGGCCAUGUGUCCACCAUAAUGCAUCUGAAGAGCAUUGACUUGUCAUCUAGCUCAGGCUUCAGUGCAGAGGGCAUCAAGCACCUCUACAGGCUGCCACGGCUGGACACGCUAAGCCUGGAGCGCACAGACGUCUCAGACAGUGUCUUGGAAGGCAUUGGGUCCUUGACCAGUCUCAGGAACCUCAUGCUCGACGAUACCAAGGUGACCGAUGCCGGCCUGUCGCACUUGACAGCUCUGUCCUCACUCGAGGUGCUAUCGCUUUCUACAUGCAAGGGUGUGACUAAUACUGGUAUGGUGCACGUGGGGAGGCUGACAGGGCUUAAGAGGCUUGAUCUGGACUGCACGGCAGUCACGGAUGAUGGGCUGCAGCAGCUGACUGCCCUGACCAAGCUGACAUCUCUCCGGUCGCCAAAUGGAGUUUUUGUUCGCAAUGACGAUGUGCGCAGGUGGAUAAGGCGGUAG